CUCAAAGGCAGUUGUUGUUGUUUUCGUUUGUGUGCGGUAACGGUUGUUGUGUUGUUAAAAGAUUUCUUGGUCUUGGCGUUUGCUGCCAAACUUGGUGCCUCAUCAUCGAUAAACUGAUCACCCAGUCCCUGCAUUGCUUUUCCCAGUUGACUGAGGUGCCCAUGGAUAGCAGCGCGGGACUGCACCCCCGCGGCCCCGCCGCCCCCGCCGCCCCCGCCGCAGCAGCCAGUCCUCCCCAGGGACCGCCCUCCAGAUGAUACGCUGUCCGCUAGCCUGCUUGCGAUGAGUGGGGUGGGCCCGUGGAGUGGGGCUCGCCCCCCGAAGUCCUCACCGGAGCAGGCCCACCACUCGUCCUCGUCCGCGUCCCCGUCCCCAUCACCCUCCCCCGUCCCCGCCGAGACGUCCACGUCGGUGUCCUCGGUCAAAGUGCCCCCGGACACGGGGCAGGCGGGGGGCUCGCCGUCGCCCGGGGCUCCCCAGGGGACGUGCCUGGUGGCGUCGGGGCCCGUGACGGUGACGACCAUACCGGGGCCCGGGCCGGCCAUCGGUACCAAUGGAAAGAAGUACUUCCCCCUCCCCGCGACAUGCAACGGGAGCAUCGUGUCGGGGCAAGGCAAGUGCAGCGUGCUGGUCGGGGGCUCGGAGAGGAGCUCGGAGAGGAGCUCGGAGAGGAUGGUGGAGGACGACGACGUGACGGAGUCCGACAACGAAGUCAGCAAGAUUCAUUUUAGUGUCGCAGGUGUCAACAUGCGCCUCAAGAAGAAGCACGACUUGAUGUCCACAGAGGACUCCCAGGACGCCAUUGUGAAGGAGGAGCCGGUGAGGCCCAUGUCGUGGGAGGGCGAAUUGUCCGACACUGAAAUGAUGCAGGAAGACACUUCGAUGGAGGGAGUGCAGGUGUCAGUUGUACAUAACGCAGACACAUUGUCGGACGAAAAGCCUCUGCCACUCAAGUUUGGCCAAAGUGUGAUGGAUUAUGUGAGGAAGCCUAACAGUAGUAGUUCACAAAAUGCAGGACGACCGCAGCCAUCCUCACUAGCUUCGGGAGCAACGGAAUUGCCACUGUUGGUUGGCAAAUUACUAGGCGGUGGCAGUUGUUAUAGCCCUGUGCUGCCUCAUAGGCCACUGGGAAGUGUAGGGAAACAAGUCCCACCCAACCCCAGUCCUGAUUCAGCAAUUCAUUCAGCUUAUUCCUACUCAUCGCCAACUCAGUCUCCUGUCACUUCAAGACAUAGCUCCAGCCAUGGAUUGCCUUCAUCUGGCUUUUCCUCUCCCUACACGCCAUCUCUAUCACGAAAUAAUUCAGAUGCCUCACAGUACGGAGGAAGCCAACACAGUAGCUGUUAUAGUCAGAGUUACUCGUCAGUAUCAGUUUCCCCCACGCAAUUCUCUCCCACUCAUUCUCCCAUCCAAGGCAGGCAUAUGUAUGCUGUCGGUUUCCCUUCCCCUGUCCUCAACAGAGGUGGUGCUAGUGAUUUUAAUGGAAAUGGAUCUCCCUUGCAAGGAGUUUCAGAUGAUCGAGACGGUGCAUAUUUGGAUGAGAAAAUGUCUGCUUUGGCUGCAGACCUUGUUCACCACUCUGGUUUGAAUGCGCCUGGUAUUUCAAGGCAACAAUUAAUCAAUAGUCCAUGUCCAAUUUGUGGAGAUAAAAUCUCAGGCUUUCACUAUGGAAUUUUCUCAUGUGAGAGCUGUAAGGGCUUUUUCAAAAGGACAGUUCAGAAUCGUAAGAAUUAUGUUUGCAUGCGAGGCUCCACAUGCCCAGUCACCAUAGCUACUCGCAAGAAAUGUCCAGCUUGCCGGUUUGAGAAGUGUUUGCGAAAGGGGAUGAAGCUGGAGGCAAUCAGGGAAGACCGUACUCGUGGCGGCCGCAGCACAUAUCAGAUCUCUUACACUCUUCCCGCUGGGCUCGUGCCUCCCGAUGGUGCUAGCACGCCUCCCAGUGGCAGUGCAGGCAGUGGUAAUCCUAGCAGCUCCAACGGUGGGGGAACAAGCAGUAGCAAUGGUUCAUCUCACUCUAAGUUUACGAGUCAUGGAUCACCUGGAGACUUCCAGGUCAAGCUUGAAGUUCCAGACCAUGGGCAUGUGCCACCAGUGACUUCUCAUCGGAGAGCCAUCCCACCUUUAUUAGAGGAAAUCAUGGAAGUAGAAAGAUUCUGGCUCUGCAAUGAUCAAGAAACGCAACAUAAAAUGGGAAACGGCUCCCAGGCAUCACAUAGCGCACAUCAUCAAGGAUUUUCAUCAUCCCCUAAAAGUUCUAGUAGCUCAAAUGCUCAUCCCACAGCAACUGCAACUAAUAGCAGUGGCAGUAGCAGCAGCAGUAGUAGCAGCAGCAGUGUUGAGGCAUCAAAUUUGUCAAACCUAACAGAAAUUGCCGAUGAUAGAUUAUAUAAAAUUGUCAAGUGGUGUAAAAACUUACCUGUUUUUAAAAAUAUUUCUGUUGAUGACCAAAUUGCUCUCCUUCUCAAUGCGUGGUGUGAGCUUUUAUUAUUGUCAUGCUGUUUCCGAUCAAUGAGAACCCCUGGAGAAAUUCGAGUGGGUCAUGGAAAGUCAAUCAGUUUAGCACAAGCUCAAGACCUUGGUCUAAGGCCCUGCAUUGAGCGCAUGUUAAACUUUACAGAGCACCUUAGACGUCUUCGAGUUGAUGAAUAUGAAUAUGUGGCAAUGAAAGUGAUUGUGCUUGUGACUUCUGAUGUGAGUGAUCUCUCUGAACCUGAGAAGGUGAGAGCCUCACAAGAAAAAGCUUUGCAAGCAUUGCAACAAUACACAUCAGAUCAUUACCCGGACAUUCCAUCCAAGUUUGGUGAACUUCUUUUGCGUAUUCCAGAUCUGCAGCGUACAUGUCAGGUUGGCAAGGAGAUACUUUCAAUAAUGAAUGAAGAAAGAGAAGGGCCAAGCUUUCAUUUACUUAUGGAGUUACUUGGAGGUGAUCAUUAACAGUGCCACAUUUCACCUUGUUUCAGAUGCAUUAGCGUGCCUUCCAUUUGUACAGAAUUAGUCUCUGAACCAAGCAAAAAUGUGGACUGUGUUAGUUGCACCAUUUAUAGUGGAAGAACUACAAUGAGUUACUCUCAUCAAAGUUUUUAUCCCAGUGAGAUGUGUGGUGAUGUGUACUUUUAUGCCACCUUCAUUUGGUGUUCAAUCAACAUCCACUCUCAAUUUCUCACUGGGUGUCACUGUGCCAUCUAGUUUGGAUUCGCUGAAAGAUAUGUGCAUAAAUCAAAUGCAUCAAGUGCAUUGAAGUUUUGAAGUUGACUUUAACAAUCUUUUUUGUGACUUGGUGUUUUGUUUUUAAAAAUGUGAGCACUGAACUAUAUUUUCCUUAUGACGUAUUUAAACUCCUAUCAUCCUUUUGAUGUUUUUAAAGUGCUGAUCUAAACAGCCGCAAGAUUCAUUUGGAGAAAGAUGAUUUGAAUUGGAUCUGUCAAUGUACCUUUGACAUGAGAUUGAUCAUGCAUUUUUUAAAAUAAUAUUUGCAAUUGCUACUAAAGAAAAGAAAAUUGAUCUCAUUAUUGCAACUACUCUGAAUGAAAACUGGCACCUCUUGAAAAUUUUGAUUUGUUCAUAUAUUUUGUAUUUUAAGUAAGAAUAAUCAAUUAACUCUGAUCCCUCUGUAUCCCGCUUUCACCAUUUUGUGAUAUGUUAUGACUGCAUAUCACAAAUUGUUUCUGUUUUUGAAAAUUUUGUCUUUAUAAAAAUGUAUUUAUGUAUACAAUUUAACUGCAACAAGACUGGCAACCUAACUUCUAGGUGCUACUUCUGCGAGUGAUUCUUCCUCAUGGAUCGAUACGACUUGUGAUUAGAGCAUCUGCCAAUGUUUCUGAUAACUUUUGGCAUUAUUUAUACCCCUAAAUCUGUGGGUGUUGGAUAUGAAUGGCAUACUCAAAGCAGAGGGUCACAAUGCAUUGUUAUGCCCCUAAAAUAGUAAUGUUAUAUUCUUUUUGUUUUAUUUAUUGACUAUAGUUUAGUUACCAUUUUCAUGGUAGAAGCCAUGGUUGUGCCACUGUUCAUGCCAAUACUGAUGAGCAGGAGUAAGCUGCUGUAGUGAGUUUUUAACUGGGGAACCGGCAGAUGACUGAAACGAUGCUCUCUCAUCUUGUGCUCCGCAAACUACCAUGUUACGUUACAAGCAGGUUAACCUGGAUCUGAUGACUGUAGAAAUUUCAAUUGACUCUACUGUGGCUACAAGACAAAGCCACAAUCUUAUUAAACAGAUUGUUUGACCUGCUGUUUCACGGUGCCAGCCGCUGAAAUCCCUCUUACCCACUUAGCUUAUGCACCAAGGGUGCAGGGGCCUGUCCACAAAGCAUCACAUUUGAUCCCUUAAGCAGGGUUGAGUCAUCAGACUCUUUACUUCCAGUAAGAUAAUGAUGUACUUACAUUCAAGGAAACUUGUGAGAAAUUGAGAAAAGACUUACACACAGCUGUGUGGUGCAUCAGAAUCCAUAAUAUAUAGUAUUUCGUUUUUUUAAGUGUGUCCAUUGUGUGCUUGAGAGUGCUUAAACUAGAAAUUUUUAAUGAUCCUUUUUCACUUUUUGUACAUGAGUAACCGUUUUCUAAGUGAUCAAGAGGUUUUUUUGUUGGUUUCUUUUUAUAUGUUUUGUACAUUGUGUUUAAAAUCAAAACUUGAAACUUUUCAUUGUUGCAUAUGUAAGUAUAUAAAUCUUUCUGGUGUAAUAUAAAUUGCCUUUAAAAGGCUGCUUCUUUAAGAUAAUAUAUUAUGAACAAGUUGUAAGAAAUAUUUGCAACUGCCUGUCUUUAAUAUCCUGACUAUAUCUUGAAUUAUUGAAAUUUUUAAAGUAAUAUUUUAUUUGUAAAUGCUAAUUUGAUGAUGAAUCUAGUAAUUGAUGAGUUGACUUACUUGGGCAGCUCUGAAAAUCAAAAUAUGUUUUCAGUGCUGACAGUAUUAUUGUAAGUUUUUGUAUUAAUACAUGAACAAUGAUGUCAAACUUCAUUUAUGGCUUUUGAAACCAUUCUGUGACAUGACUUUCAAAGAAACUCUUUAGGUUGUAGUUUAAAUGAUCAAAGUUUAUGAAUGCGGAAAGCCAUAGGAUGAAGUUAAGGAAAAAGUGACUACUAUAAUCGACGUACAGUACUACACUUUUUCUCCAGUUAAAAAUGACUUGCUAAUCUAUGUGAAUAUACUUAAGGUUGUCUUACACACUUUAGUUGUUUCACAAUGCCUAUGUUUCAAUGAGUGGCAUGUCAAAUAGCACAAUCUUGCUGUAACCUUGCCUUAUCUUCAUCUAAGUAAGUUGUACUGUUUAGUAGUUGCAGAUAUUGGCAGUGUACAUUGCCAAGAUAGUUAUGUUUUGCCAUAAAUGUCAUGGGUACAAAAUUUGGUGGUCCUACCUGGUAGUAUUGCUAUCCUGAAUAUUGUUAGUUAAAAGGAUCUUUUCUUUGGGUAAAUGUGAUUGGUUCUCGUUAUGUUUUAAAUUGCUUUAUGUUUUAUCCCUUUUUCCACGUUAACUAAAAAAAAGAAAAGACCCAAAAUCAAAACAAUUUCAGAAAUUCUUGUUGAAAUUUGUAAGUGCUGUUUUUGAACCAUGUAUUUGUACUGCCUCUUCCCCCCAUAUUUGUGACUUUUGUAAGAUUUUUUAAAAAAUGUUCAUGUUUCAAGUUUUUCAGUGUUACUGCCAUUUUAUUGAUCUCUGUGAAAGGUAUAGAAUUCAUGUUCUUCCAAGAGCUGAUGGUGGUUAACUCUUCAAAAUUUUGCUUCUUAAAAUACUGCGCCCUGUUUGUUAUAAAUUGACAAACUAGCACUGUUUGUAGGACAAUUUUAAACUUCCAAUCUGAUCGACUGAUGAUCAACUGCCUUUAUGAUGAUCAAAAUUUAGUAAAGCUUUUCUUCAAGGCUCUUGAAAGCUUCAUGAUUAUUAGAAGUUGGAAUUCAGAGUUCCUAGUCCAAUGGCUAAUCUGUAUGCAGGUGUAUGAGCAUUCCCUCAAUAAUGUCACUUUCAUUGUUUUCAUCGUUGUUUCAUAGGACAGUGAGAGAUUUAGGAUGACAGAACAGUUCCUUGUUGUGUCAGGGCCAUCUUUCAUAGACAGCCUAUUUUUAGAUGAAUAUUCUGACACCUAUGUUUUGGUUCCUUUUGUGUGAUAAGCACCAAGAAAUUCUUCGACUAAAUUGUGUACUACUUUUAUACAUUUUACCAUUUGUAUUUUCUUAAUGAAAAAUUUCAUAGUUUUGCCGUUUGUUGCUCACCUCUUUUGACUGAUAAUGGAAAGAUUUGAAUGUUGGACAACGCUGUUCAAAGCUCUUAUUAAAAGCAGCAAUUGUUUCUGGUGCCUUGCUUUUUAAAAUUAGAUUUUCAUUAAGUCUGUGUCAUUUGUAAUCAGUGGUUACUUGGUUCUCCAAUCGUUCUUGAAUGACACUUUACAGUUCUUUGUGAUAAAAUACUUCUCAUUGGUAGGUUAUUCAAUCUAUAAUACUUUCUUGGAGUUUGGAAUCUUACCCACAUGUUGAUGUUGAACUUGCUUUGUGCAACAGUUAAAUUUGUGACUGUUUACUUGAUGAGCCUGGUUAAAAAUUAUUUUUUAUUCCAAAUGGAAGCUUUUUGUUAUAAAUUUGGCAAAACUAUGUGGUUAUUUGAAAGCAUUGAUAUUGCUGUCACCUUUAACAUUGACAAUCAUCCUUAACAUACCAUGAGAAAGAAUAUUCAUGGUGCAAACUUUCUUUCUCUCUUGUACUAUAUCACUUAAUGACAUCUAUUAAAUUUAUUUUACAUGCAAAGACAAAGACAUUCACUAACAAGAUUUGAUUUGUCUAUGGUGUAUUCAGAAGAAAUUGAUUAUUUCUCUUCUUUAAGAAAGCCAUAAACUUUCAGCUGUGAUCUCAGGACUUGUCUGACUUGUUAUCUCAUGCAUGGUGACAUGUAGCAGUCUAUCAGGGAAGCUAAACCUUGUCCAUCCAACAGCAAAACCUGGCUGAAUAUCUCUUGUUACCAAGGAUCAUUAGCAGGCCAACGAUUUGUAUGUUGCCUGCAAGCUUUCUUUCUAAACAGCGAUAUUAUUGUUCAAGACUUUUGAUUUUAUGAAAGAAGCACAUUAGGGUGCACUUAUGUACAUCUAUGAUACAAAUCUGUCUACAAAGAUAUCAUAAAACAUUUCUAUUGUAAAGCACAAUACUAUAUGCAAUGAAACUCAUCCAGAAACACCCAAAGUGCCAAAACAUCAGAUUUUAAUCUGAACUGUCCUCUCUGGUUGAUAUAAAUGUAACUUCUGUACUUUAAAAUUAAAUUAUUAAGGAAAAUUCUCUUACAGUCUGAAGACUGGUCUCUUUUAAUAUCUUCUUUUUUGUAAAUUUGGUUUUAGAAGAUACAUAUAGUCUUUUCAAGUGCACCUGAGAGGACAAAAGGAACAACUGGCUUUUGACUGGUUUUGUAAGCAAUGUUCACUCUGCUCUCUAACAGCAGUCAAAGUGAAUGGUACUCAGACUGAUACAAAAUUUAUUGUGAAUAUAUUUAUAUAAACAUAUAGAAAGGAAUUUAUAAAAUAUCUACAAGGAACAAUAUAUCUUUAAAAAAGACUAUUAGUGCAUAUGAUAAUGUAUGUGCAUUUCAUAUGAUAUUGUUGUAGAGUACUUAGAAGAUAGUUUACAAGACUAUAGCUGCAAAGUUUUAAGUUAAAUUUGUACUUUACUCCAGUUCUUUAUUGUUACAAAAAAUGUUUGUUUUGAUUGUGUUAUUAUUUUUGACAUUCCCAUAAUCAGAGUGCAAUUAAUGGUAGAGUGAGAAACCAAUCUUUGUUUUGUUUUUUAAUUGUUUUACAUUUAUUUUGCUGCAGCAGUCCGGUGUCAACAUUGUUCUUUACAGUAUUUGAUUCUGUGUACAUUAAUAAUUAAAAACAACUACAAUCUGGAAA